CGCACAGAGAGGCUUCAGAGAGGAGCAGAGACUGAGCCACCAGAGAGGAGCCAGAGCUGAAGAAGAAGAGGAAGAAUAAGAAGAGGAAGAAUAAGAAGGAGAAGAAUAAGAAGAGGAAGAAUAAGAAGAGGAAGAAUAAGAAGAAGGAGAAGAAGGAGAAGAAUAAAGUGAUGGAGCACUCCAAACAGACGCAGGAGCCGCUGAAUGGACACUUUGACGCACCGGUGAAGCUCCUUGGUGGCUCCGGACGCACAGCCUCCUCCUCCUCCUCCUCCUCCUCCUCCUCCUCCUCUGCAGCUCCUCAGCCUCCUGCGGCCGCUGAGUCCAGCUCCCAGCGGCCAGUGAUGGAGAGCUGGAGGGAGGAGAGGACCCGCAGCGUGGAGGACAACGAGAUCAGCCUCCCAUCUCUGGCUGCGGCUUACACCACCAUCCUGAGGGGGUUAGGGGAGGACCCGCAGCGGCAGGGGCUCCUCAAGACCCCCUGGAGGGCCGCCACAGCCAUGCAGUUCUUCACCAAGGGGUACCAGGAGAAGAUCAUCGACGUGCUGAACGACGCCAUCUUCGACGAAGACCACGACGAGAUGGUGAUCGUCAAAGACAUCGACAUGUUCUCCAUGUGUGAACAUCACCUGGUGCCCAUCUUCGGCAGGGUUCACAUCGGUUACCUCCCCAAUAAGAGAGUUCUGGGCCUCAGCAAGCUGGCCAGGAUUGUUGAGAUCUACAGCCGUCGACUACAAGUUCAGGAGAGGUUGACCAAACAGAUCGCCGUGGCGAUCACCGAGGCGCUUCAGCCCACCGGGGUCGGCGUGGUCAUCGAGGCGACUCACAUGUGUAUGGUGAUGCGAGGCGUCCAGAAGAUGAACAGUAAAACCGUCACCAGCACCAUGUUGGGAGUUUUCAGGGAAGAUCCAAAAACCCGUGACGAGUUCCUGGCUCUCAUCAGGAGCUGAGGACGACGAAGAAGCUCCUCCUCCUCUUCCUCCUGUUGCCUGGGGUUACCUCCACCUUCACGGACCAGCCGCCAUGUUACCUGUGUGUGUGUGUGUGUGUGUGUGUGUGUGUGUGUGUGUGUGUGUGUGUGUGUGUGUGUGUGUGUUUCCAUCUCACCAAAGGCACACUGUGACUCUCGUUGUUGGUCAGAUAAAGUGAAGCGUCAUGAUUUCUGUUCAGUGGCCGUCGACUGACAUGUUGUUUACUUUUUCAGACGACGGGACUUUAACCUCUUUGUGUCCUCGUGAGUUGUGUUUGUUCUGCUCCUUCAUCAAAUAUCAAUCAUUGAAUAUAUCGCCUUGAAAGUACAGAAGGAGAGUUUAACAGAAAGAAUCCACCCUGAAGAAAUAAUUAAAAAACACAGUUAUUAGUCUUUUUGCAUUUCUAGGUGAUGUUUAAAGGCCCUUCAUUAGAGUCACAAAGGAACAACAGAACAAUUAAACAUCUGUGGGUGAAAUGAUCAACAGCUUCAGAUUUACAGUAAUAUUUAGUGUUUUGGCUCAGUCAUGUUAGAUAUCUACGAUGGCAUAUUAGGGCCCUCAUAGAUAAAGAAAUAAAUAAUUAUGGAGCAGGGGGAGGGGCCUAAUAUACAGAGAUUAAAGCCUUAAAUUUACAACAUAAAAACCACAAAUUUACAAAUAUAACCUUGGAUAUUUUCUGAGAUUAUAAAGUCAUAAAUUUGCCAGAUAAAUUCUAAAAUUCUCUAAAAUAGAGUCAAUUAUUACGGGGGGAAAAAUUAACAAAUUUACGAAAAAAAAGUGGAUAUUUUAAAAUAAAUUAACAAUAAAAAUUGUAAAGUUUACGGAAAAAAAUAUUCAUAUUUUUCUAAAAUUAUAAAGUCAUAAAAAUUAGCAAGAAAAAUUCUGAAAUUCUCAGAAAUUAGACUCAAAUAUUUACGGAAUUUUUUUUAAUUUGUCUGUUAAUUUUUUUGCAAACAUUUUAAUGAUGAAUUUUUAAAAUCCUAUUAUAUGUAAUAAAUAUUAAUUUUAUAAAAUUAUACAUGUUUGACAGCACUUAAACAUCCUGUCACACCUCAAAAACCUCAGUUUACCAUCUUCAUUUUUUCCCCUUUUUUUAUUAAGGUAAUUAUUUAUGAGUAGAAUUAAAACAUAACGUUUGUAAUAUCAAAAUUUAAAACAAUAACAAUUAUUUAAAUGUAAAAAUCACAGAUCAUUCAAAAUCUCAUUGUGGGGAAAUGUGUUCUUAACAUCAGUAUUCUUAUUUUUAGAUUCCAUUUUUGACCUCUUCCUUUCAUAAAUAUCAUUAUAAUAAUUAUUAUAAUGAUAAUAACAAUAAUAAAUAUAUUAUUAUUAUUAUUAUUAUUAUUAUUAUUAUUAUUGCUAUUAUCAUUAUCAUUAUCCUGUGUGUGGAUCUGCCUCUAUCUGCCAACUUGCCUCUCAAUUAAAACCAAAAAAUGAAUUCACUGAAAACAAACUUAAUUUCCAUGAGAGGCAAAAAAAAAAAUGUGUGUAUGCUAGUGUGUGUGUGUGUGUGUGUGUGUGUGUGUUUGUUAAUGUGUGUGUAUGCAUGUUAUUGUGUGUGUGUUUGUUGUUUGAUGUUUAUGUGUUGACUAGUGUAGAUUUUUUUUUCAUGAUGUCUCCAGACUUAUUUUAGGAGCUUUAGUUUAACGUGACGACUGUUUGUUACAGUGUGUGUGUGUGUGUGUGUGUGUGUGUGUGUGUGUGUGUGUGUGUGUGUGUGUGUGUGUGUGUGUGUGUGUGUGUGUGUGUGUGUGACAGAAGAUGAGCGCUUACAAACAGCUCCCAUGUUGUUGUCUCUGUGGCCUUGUUGAGACGGACGGUCUUCAUCGUCACUUUAUGUAAAACUGUGUUUAUUUCAGAUACUUUUUAAUCAAAGAAAAUAAAUCUCUAUGUG